AUGCCGCCAAAAAAUACAACAGAAAAUGCUUCACGGCGAAAGGGCCCCCAGUUCAACCCUCCACGACCUGUAAAGGCACCGACGCAAGCAUCGACGACCACGAAACGCGCUCCUGCAGCAGCACCAUCGCGUACAGCCGGUGCCGCGAAGAAGUCGAAAGCCUCUGCCGCACAGCCAGUAGCCACGAUAAUCUCCUCAUCCGAAGAUGAACAAGAGGACGUGCAGGAGGCGGACGAUAGCGAUGAUCUGAUGGAAGACGCGCCCAUACGCGACAACACAAGGCCUGCUACCAACCUUGCGCCCAUAGCGCCUCCCAUACCCGCGCCCUUGCUCGCACGACUGCUCUAUGAGAAUUUCGAGGAUCCGAAUACACAAAUACAAAAGGGUGCGAUGAAUUUGGUGGGCAAGUACAUGGAGAUCUUCGUCCGCGAGGCGUUUGCGCGGGCAAAGAAUGAGCGGCAAAGUUCUGUCAAGGGAGGAGGCAUAUCAGAUGGGUUCCUGCAAGUUGAGGAUCUUGAGAAGCUCGCGCCGCAGUUGGUGUUGGAUUUUUAA